CAGCGUCCUAGAGACGCCGAGUGGGCUGGGCUUCUGCGGCCUCGGGCCCUGGGGUCCGCGCUUAGAAGUGCGUCGGCGCUCCGAAGGGGCCCAGCGAGGCGGAGGGUUGAGAAGGGGCCGGGCUGUCCACCUCUUCCUGUGCAGAGAUCUCUACAGCACCCAUGCUGUGACCCCUGCAGCUGAGUGGCACAUGGAGACAGAACCAGCUCCAGGAGGGUGCUCAGGAGUCUGGCGCCCGCCCAGAGCAGGAAUCCAGUGGGACGCCAUUGGCUGUUAACCAGACAGUCGCUUUAAUAAAGCCUCUUUACAGGUAUCGAGUGAAUGUUUAAGCCACAGCUGUUGCACAUCCAAUACUGUCGUCCUUAGAUGUAAAACGGAUUUUAUUUCAAAAAAUUACUGAUAAAGGAGAUGAGUUGAAGAAAGCCUUUCACCUGCUCGACAUCAGUAACAACAUGACAGUGACAAAGAAUGAACUGCGAAGAGUCAUCACAACCUUCCUGCUGCCUCUCACGAGAGAACAGUUUCAAGAUGUGCUGGCUCAGAUCCCCCUCACCAGCUCUGGUGCCCUUCCGUACCUUGUAUUCCUGUCCGGAUUUGGUGGAAUUGACCUGAAUAUAAAUGUUAUACAGAGGGGAGGUGAGAGUGAAAUGAACUGCUGUCGGACAUUAAAAGAACUCGAAGUCCAAGUAGGAGAAAAGAUUUUCAAAAACAUUAAAACUGUUAUCAAAGCCCUUAAGCUCAUUGAUGUUAACAAGACGGGUCUGGUCCAACCACAUGCGCUGAGGAGGGUUCUGGAGACCUUCUGUUUGAAGAUGAAAGAUGAUGAAUACAAAAAGUUUGCAAAACACUACAACAUUGAUAAAGAUACUGCAGUGGAUUAUAAUGUUGUUUUGAAGAACCUCAGUACAAAUAAUGACUUGAACCUUAAAUAUUCUAUGAGAAGUCAAGAGGUCCCAUGGGAGGACCAAUGAGUCAAAAGUUCCAAAAGAGAUUACCUCCCCAGUCCUGUUUCAUCUGAAGAUAUCUGGAAAAACUGCUCCUUAGAUGAAAUUGAGAGGACCUUUUGCCAAGAGCUAAGCAAAACAUCCUCCUGUAAAGACACCAAGGCACCUCUCUUCCUGGCUUGGGAUUCGGUGGAAGAAAUUGUUCAUGACUCCAUUUCCAGGAAUCUACACGUUUUCUAUAAUAUGCUGCGGUCACAUGACCUUGGAGACACAGGGCUCAUUGGGCGAAAUAACUUCAAGAAAAUCAUGCACGUUUUCUGCCCAUUUUUAACAACCGAGCAUUUAGUAAAAGCCAAGCCCACUGAGAGUAAAAGUGCUGUGACCGAGAAUAUGACGAAGGAUGUGCUUAUUGAAAAACUCAAAAACUGUAUACGGCAGCCGUACCCAGCAUUCAGAAAACGAUUUCUGGACUUCAGCAAGGAGCCUGAUGGCAAGAUGAAUGUGCAUGACUUCAAGAAGGACCCCUACGCAGCCUUCUUUAAGAUGGACUCGGACAGGGAUGGCAUCGUCACCAUGCACAACCUUCAUCAUCUGCAGCACCUGCUCUUCAACCUGAAGGACGAGGAUUUCGAGCGAUUCCUGGGCCUUCUUGGCUUGAGGCUCAGCGUCACGUUAAAUUUCCACGAAUUUCGAAAUUUGUGUGAGAAGAGACCGUUCAGAAUAGAAGACACCGCGCCUCAGAGACUCAUUAGACCAAAACAGAAGGUUGCAGAUUCAGAACUAGCUUGUGAACAGGCUCAUCAGUAUCUUGUUACCAAAGCAAAAACCAGAUGGUCAGACUUGUCUAAGAAUUUUAUCGAAACCGACAAUGAGGGCAACGGCAUUCUUCGACGACGGGAUGUAAAGAACGCGCUGUACGGCUUUGAUAUUCCCCUCACACCCAGAGAAUGUGAGAAGCUUUGGAUGAGGUACGACACCGAGGGAAGAGGGCACAUUACUUACCAGGAAGUUUCACAGAAAAUGGGGGUUAACUAUUCAGCGGCUAUUCAUCAGCCCUACGCAGAGGAUUAUUUCAACUUCAUGGGUCAUUUCAUGAAGCCACAGCAGGUGCAAGAAGAGAUGAAGGAGCAGAGCACGGAGAGGGCCGUGCCGGCCGGUUGGGGAAUCAGCUGGCAUGGUAAUUCCAUCAAUUACCUCGACUUCUUGAGAGCAGUGGAGAAUAGCAAGCCGACAAAACCUCAGCCACAAGAGAAAGAGGAGAGCGUGCCGAUCAAUUUUGCGACCCUAAGUCCAGAGGAGGUUCUGAAUAACAUCCAGGAGGUCGUUGCCUCCUCCAGUCCGGCUUUGUCAACGGCAUUUUCUGCACUGGAUAAAGAGGACACUGGGUUUGUAAAGGCUUCGGAUUUUGGACAAGUUCUUAAGGAUUUCUGUUACAAACUAACAGAUACCCAGUAUCAUUAUUUUUUGAGAAAACUAAGAAUUCAUCUCACCCCGUAUAUAAAUUGGAAAUAUUUUCUCCAGAACUUCAACAGUUACCUUGAGGAGGCUGCUGCUGAGUGGGCUGAGAAGAUGCCCAAAGGCCCGCCGCCCAUAUCUCCCAAGGAAAUGGCAAACCAAGAGGUCCUGGCCCGGCUCCACAAAGCUGUGACCUUCCACUACAAAACGAUCGCCCAGGAGUUUGAGAACUUCGACACCAUGCGGACCAAUACCGUCUCCAGGGACGAGUUCCGGUCCAUUUGUACUCGCCACGUCCAAGUUCUGACGGAUGAGCAAUUUGAUAGGCUCUGGGACCAGAUGCCCGUCGACGCCAAGGGAAGGCUGCAAUACCUGGACUUCCUCAGGAGCUUCAGCUCGGAGAAGGCGGCCCCGCCGCCGGCCCCGGGCGCCUCGGCCAAGGCGCAGAGAGGGUGCGGCGUCCCCGAGGUCUCAGAGAGAAGCAGGUCUGCAGGGUCGUCACCCACUCGAGACCUGAAAGCAGGGUCCAAACCGCGGAGUCACCCCUGCACCCCCGCGAGCACGACCCCGCCGCUGCAGAACUGCGAGCCCGUGGAGAAUAAGCUGCGGAAGAAGAUCCAGGGCUGCUGGCGCGAGUUCCUGCGAGAGUGCCAGGAGAGGGACGCCAACAAGCAGGGCGAGAUCCCCGCCACGGAGUUCCAGGCUCUCGUGGAGAAAUUCAACCUGGGCGUAAACAGAGAUGAGUGCCGGCAGCUCAUCGACAAGUACGACUUAAAGAACAACGGGAGGUUUGCUUAUUGUAACUUCAUUCAGAGCUACGUCCUCCUGUUAAAAGCAAAGGAAACCUCGCUGAUGCAGAGAAUGAAACUGCAGAAGGCGACUAAAAUGAAAGAAUGCGGUGCUGAGACUUCUUCCUUUUACGCCGCUCUGCUGCGGAUUCAACCCCAAAUUGUGCGCUGCUGGAGGCCGAUGCUGCGCACACUCAAGGCCUACGACGAGGGAAGGACGGGGCUUUUAAGCGUGGCUGAUUUCAGGAUGGUCCUGAGGCAGUACGGCAUCAACCUCUCCGAGGAGGAGUUCUUCCACAUUCUGGAGUAUUAUGACAAGACGCUGUCUUCAAAAAUCUCCUACAACGACUUCCUCCACGCCUUCCUUCAGUAGGGGGCCAGCUCUGCGAGCCCAGCGUGGACAGACGGGGACUGCAGGGCCUGUCCCCGAGACUAGUAAAAUCUAUCAUCGGGCUGUCUCACGAACUUCCAGAGUGUCCCCAAAACAGAGCCCACACCCACGCCCGGCCUGCGUCUUUCCGAGGUCAUCCCAGGCCCAGCGCUGGGCUCUAGC